ACACGUGACAUCUAGUCGUUUGUGUUCAAACAAAUAAUUAUAAUUUGAAAAUCGAAAUUGUAAUUUCUAACGUAAUGUCCCACAACAUCAAAAUCUCAAACCAACCAGAACAAUCUGCACUCGAUGUGGACCUGGCAAGAGCCUUAAAAGAAACAAAGAGCUUUUUCGAGCAAUUCGUUCAAAUCCGAAAGGACCUGAGAUGUUCCCAACUGGAAACUAAACUUCUCAAGGAUCAAUUGGAAUCGACGAAAAAACGUAACGAGAACUGCAACGCACCUUCCGAUUGGAAUCGUAUGUCGAAGAAAUUGAACAACAUCAUAAACGUGAUUGGAAAUCGUAAAGAUAUAGCGAACUAUGAGCGGUCCAUCCGAGAGCUUUCGGAUGAGAAUGAGACUCUCAAAAAGGAAUUGAACGACUUGAAAGCGAAUCAUCUUGAAGCAGUGGAGAGGGAAAAGGAAAAAUUCAAAGCGCAACUGGAUAGAGAAACGGCGCAAUACACGAAGCAAAUUUCAGAGCUUAUGUUACACCGGGAACUGGCCGAAUCGGAAGCUUCAAUUAAAUGCGAUCAACUUCAAGCUAGACUUGAGCGAUCCAAGGAAGAGAAAGAUGAAUGUUGUAGAGCGAUAACUGCGCAGUACGAGAAGCUGUUGCAUACACUCACUGAGCAGAAACAGCAAUUGAGGGAGGAGAAUCAUGCGCAUCUGUUGCGCGAGCAACAACUUCUCUGCCGACUGGAGUAUGUUCAAACUCAUUCCACCAAUUUCUUGCUAGGCAUGGGACCAAGUGUCCCUCCUAUUGGGAGCUCUAUUGCAGGAAGCCAGCAGCGUGUCACUGCUGUAGUCGAAACCGUCCCGUUGGAAAGGUCCGAUGGCGCAAGUCAACGCAGUUCACAAAUAUUUAGUGGCAGCUCGAACACGCUGAGUGCCAGCCAGAAAAAGUUUAACUCUCAAAAACUAAAGGAUGUAAUAGAAGUUAGCUCGACCACUAGCGCCGUACGAGCUCGCGAAAAUAGAUUAAAGCAGCAAAGCAGCCCGCAGCACCCUGGUUUGGGGAAUCACAUAGCUAAGCCCCGUAAAAGAAGGAAACUUCUCACACAGCCAGGUGUUGAAAAUUAGCUUCUGUUAUGCUAUGACCUGAAUUGGAAUUUGAAUUAAA